AUGGCCAGGAUCCUGCUGCUGCUGCCCGUGCUGCUGCUGCUGUGCGUCUCGCUGCCUGCGAGCGGCAGCCCCCUGCUGGGCGCCGACGUCUGCUCGCGAGGGCCCGGAUUCUGGUGCAAGAACGCCGGCACGGCCUCGCGGUGCCGGGCUCUCGAGCAGUGCUCGAGCGUCUACUGGGCCCAGCCCACAGCGGGUGACCUGCCCUGUGACGUCUGCAAGGAGUCGGUGGGCGCCGUGGACGAGCUCCUGAAGAGCAACGCCACGGAGCAGGAGGUGGCCGCGCUGCUGCUCCGCUUGUGUGAGGCGGUGUCCGACGAGGCGCUCCGCACCCAGUGCCAGGAGAUGGUGAAGACAGAGCUACCGGCACUGCUCGCCACGCUGGAGAGGGCCCUUAACCCCGGCGUGGUCUGCUCCUCGCUGGGUCUGUGCCGCUCCGCGCUGAUGAGUCGUCACGGCUCUGACUCCGCCUCCUCUGACUCCGCCUCCUCUGACGCCGGUGACUCCGUCGUGCCGCGCGGCUCCCUGGUGGACGUCAUGAGCCCCUUCAUCAACAACGUCCCCCUGCUGCUCUACCCGCAGCAGGCGCGGCAGAACGAGGGAGACUCCGCAUCGUCUCGCGAGCCGUGCGAGGAGUGCGUGCGCUUCAUGAGCUCCGCUCACGACCAGACCCCGCAGGGCGGCUACGACCCCUUCACACGACACCUGGUGCUGCAGUGCCAGCGCCUGCAGCCCGGAGCACGCGAAUUGUGCAAGAGCUAUGCUGUGGCCUAUGCGGGGCAAGUGGCGGACACCGUGAUGAACAUGACCCCCGAGGAGGCGUGCGCCCACAGCGGCUUUUGCCCCAAGGGCCCGACCCUCGGCACGUCCAAGGUGACCCGGCUACAGCUCAAGGCGCUCGGGGUAAGCGGAGGAGCGGGAAAAAGGUCGCGCCCAGCCACGCCCACAAUUCUGCCCAGGAGCCACGCCCACAAUUCUGCGCAGGAGCCACGCCCACAAUUCUGCACGGGAGCCACGCCCACAAUUCCACUCGGAAGCCACGCCCACAAUUCCUUCACCUUCCCCCCCCGGGUGUCGCCCAUAGACUCAACACUACCCAUAGACUCAACACUGCUCAGAUAGACUCAACACUACCCAUA